AUGGUCCUGCAGCCAGUCGGUGACGACGCUGGCCCUGCUGACGUCGUCGGCUCGGUCGAUGCCGGCAUCCUCGCAGCCGCAUGGAGUCCCGACGAAGACCUCCUUGUGCUGAUUACCGGCGGCGCGACGCCGCGCCUCUUGCUCAUGACGCGCCAUUGGGACGUGGUCCAUGAGGCGCCGCUCGCCACCGACGACUUUGGCGCCGAGGCCCCCGUCAAUUUUCACGGCUCCGAAGGCAAGCAGGCGGCGAUGGCCGCGGCACAGGCACCGGCCGCCGGCGACCCGCGCGGUCCCCUCGUGCCCGACGACGACGGCCUGCCGCGCGUGUCGUGGCGCGCCGACGGAGCCUACUUUGUCGUGUCGAGCGCGGAGCCAAGCGCCGACGGCGCGCACCAGCACCGCCUCCUCCGCAUCUACACGCGCGCCGGCGUGCUCAGUGCCACGUCCGAUCCGUCUGUGCGUGGGAUCUCGCACGUUCUGGCCGUCCGCCCGACCGGCAACCUCAUCGCCACGUCGCAGCGCAUGGGCGGUCCGUAUGCGCCCGGGCGCACGGGGCGGCACGACAUUGUGUUUUUUGAGCGCAACGGCUUGCGGCAUGGCGAAUUCUCCCUGCGCGAGGACGCGGCGAGCAUGCCCGACGUGCCGCUCGCACCGUCCGUGCCGCCGCUGGGUCCGUGGGUCAGGGAGCGCACAAUUGAGCGCCUCGCAUGGAACGCCGACGGCACUAUCCUCGCCGUACACCUGCGCGGCGCCACGCAUGUGCUGCAGCUGUGGACGACCGGCAACUACCACUGGUACCUGAAACACGAGGCCGAGUACGACGUGGUGCACGAUAUUGCGUGGCACCCCGAGCAGCCGCUCACCCUGCUCGUCGCGCACACCUCCGUCGAGCUACGCACGUUUUGGCUCGAGACGCCGUGCUCGCGUGGCCUGCCGCCGCACGAUGCGGCGUGUGCGGCCGUCGUCGAUGGGGCACACGUACUGCUCACGCCCUUCCGCUGGCACAAUGUGCCGCCGCCUAUGUGCGCGGUCGCUCUGGCCGAUUCGCCAACGCCCGCGGCACCUGCUACACCCGUGCAUGUCGCCUGGACUACGUACGCGGCCGACGGCGCGACCACGGACCUGCUCGCGCUCCUGUACGCAGGCGGCCAUGUGCAUGUGUGGGCGCUCGAGUAUGGCCCGCUCGCCACGUCGCAGCGCCCCCGCCCAGCGCUCAUGCCGCGCCGCGUGGCGACGUGCACGCUGCCGGAUGCUGCGCGUGCCAUUCAGGUGGCCCUGACGGUAAGCGACACGCGCCUGACGGUCGCUGCGCUUGUGCCGGAUGCACAGGAUCCCGCGCUCGUGCUUGCCGCGCUGCCGUGGCCCGCCGCCAGCGGCAUCUCCCAGGUGCAGCGCGUGCUGCUGAGCCCGGCUACCGCAUGGCGUCUUGUCUCUGUGGCUGGCACCGCCUCGUUCGCCGUGCACGACAGCCACGGGUAUGUUGCGAUGCAUUCUCUCGAGGCCGCGCCGCUCGAGCUCGAACCUCUUGCCGCCUUCUGCCCGACGCUCUUUGUGGUACGCGCCGACGCCGCCGUGCCGUUCGUUCCGAUCGGCCUCGCGCCGCAUGGGCCGGUGCUGACGCCUGAGCGGGUGCUGGCGAAGGAGGCUACAUCGCUCACGCUGACGCACCGCGUGGCGAUAUGGACGACGCCAUCGCACACGGCGCAGUUCCUCCCCCUCGCCGCACUCUCUGGCACCACGCAGAUGCUCGAGCUGGGCCGCCGCGUCGAGCGUGGCAGUCGCAUCGUGACGACCGUGCCGAGUGCGAUGGCGCUCGUCCUACAGAUGCCGCGCGGCAACCUCGAGACGGUGUACCCGCGGCCGCUCGUGCUCGAUGUGAUUCGCGCGCACCUGGAUGCCCAGGCAUACGGCGAGGCGCUGCGCAUCAGCCGUGCACACCGCGUGGACCUAAACCUACUGCACGACCAUGCGCCGGCCGUGUUCCUUGCGGACGUGCCGCGCGUGCUCGCGCAAAUCGAGCACCCGGACCACAUCAACCUGCUGCUCUCGAGCCUGCGCAACGAGGAUGUGACGGCGACGCUGUACCGAGCGUGGGAGCCUACCGCACCGGCGGCCGCCGCCGACCUCUCGACCAAGGUGAAUCGUGUGUGUGCGGCGUUCCUUGCGGCGCUCACCGCGGCCGACGAGCGGCGGUACCUCUCGUCGAUCCUGACCGCGCACGUGCGGCAGGUGCCGCCGGACCUGGAGGGCGGCCUUGCAGUGCUGCGCAAAUACCUGGCCAUGGAUGCGGCGCUCGCUGACGAGGCGUGCAAGUACAUCAUCUUCCUGGUGCCGGCUGACGAGCUGUACAAGGUCGCGCUCGGCAUGUACGACCUGGAGCUGGCGCUGCAGAUUGCGCAGCAUUCGCCGCGUGACCCGCGCGAGUACGUGCCGUUCCUGCGCGAGCUGCGUGCCAAGACGCCGCCGGCGUACCAGCGCUUUUUCAUCGACGACCAUCUUGGACGGCACGGCAAGGCCCUGCGCUCGCUCGCACUCGCCGGCGAGUCGUAUGCGGACGAGGCGCUGGCGUACAUGGUCCAACACAAGAUCUACCGCGAGGGCCUCGCGGCUUGGGCGCAUACGCCCCGCCUGCCCCAGGUGUACGGGCUCUUUGGCGACUAUCUCAGUGCGCACCAGCGGCCUGCUGAGGCGGCCACCGCGUUCCAACUCGCGCACCGCCCAGGGGACGCGCUUCGUGCGUUCCGCGAGGCGGAUCAGUGGGCACAGGCUCUGACAGUGGCGCUGGAGAUGCAGCUUCCGCGUGCCGAGCUCGUGCAGCUUGCGCACGACAUGUCGGAGCAGCUCGAGGAGCAGCACAAGUACGAGGCCGCCGCGCGCGUCCUACUCCAGGUGCAGGAGGCCGAGUCGGGCAUUGCGCUGCUGUGUCGCGCGCAUGCCUUCGUCGACGCGCAGCUGGCGUGUGCGGCGCAGGGCCGUCACGACCUGCUCGAGACGCACGUGGCGCCUGCCGCGCUCGAGGCGCACACGACGCUCAUUGAGGAGGCCGACGAUAUGGCAUCCCAGCUGGAACGGCAGGUCCAGCGCCUCGCCGAGCUGGACGCCAAGCGCACCGAGGAUCCGAGCGCCUUCUACGUCGACGAGGACCAUGCGCCGGCGCCCGACCAUGUGGACGUGAUGAGCGAUGUUUCGCAGCUCACGCAGUUCACACGCUACACCGCUGCGACGAGUCUCGCCCCGAGUCUGUCGACGCUCUCGCUCGGUUCCAAGCGCACAUCGCGCCAAAAGUCGCAGGCCAAGAAAGAGGCCAAGAAAAAGCUCACGGGCCGCAAAGGCAGUGUAUACGAAGAGGGCUACCUGCACGACUCGCUGCAAAAGCUGCUUGGCACACGCCUUAACGCGCUGCAGCGCGACGUGGCACGGCUGCUCCCGGUCCUCAUCACACUCGGAGAGCGCGCACGCGCAGCGGCGCAGGCGCUCCAGGCCCGGCUGCUCGCCCUCGAGGCACAGGCGGCACAGGCUGCGUCGGAGCUAGAGGCGCGUGCGGCCGCACAGGAACGCGAUCGCGGCGAGGCGACGCAGGCACUCGCUGCACAGAUCCUCCAACUUGCGCAUGCUCCAGGCGCAGGGGAGGCCGCCGGCACCGCCCUCGAGGCGCUUUGGGCAUGGCGCCACGCUGCCGCACGACCCCAGCGCCCAGCGCCUAGCGUCUCGUCCGAACCGUGGAAGCUGCACCUGCUUGAGCCGCCGCCGCCCAUGUAG